UGAAAGUCAUCUCCAACUCUCUCUCUCGACAACCACAUUUUUUUUUCGACCAGCCCACGUUCGUCGGAACUCCUGGAAAAUGAAGUUCAUGAAAGUGGGCCGUGUGGCCAUCAUCACCAGAGGCCGAUAUGCCGGAAAGAAGGUCGUCAUAGUUCAGCCAUAUGACGCUGGCUCCAAGGCUCACCCAUUCCCCUACGCUCUCGUUGUCGGCAUCGAGCGAUACCCAUCCAAGAUCACCCGACGAAUGGGCGCCAAGAAGGUCGAGAAGCGAAGCAAGGUCAAGCCAUUCAUCAAGACCGUCAACUACAACCACCUUAUGCCCACCCGUUACACCCUCGAGCUCGAGGGCCUCAAGGGUGCCGUCACCAACGACACAUUCAAGGAAGUUUCCCAGCGGGAGGAGGCAAAGAAAACCAUCAAGAAGGCUCUGGAGGAACGAUACACUAGCGGAAAGAACCGAUGGUUCUUCACCCCCCUCAGAUUCUAAAUAAAACGUUUAAUGGCCCCUUUUUGUCACUUAUAUCUUCUCAGCAUUUUUCUCCCCUGAGCUAGGAUGGUUCUAGUUUAUGACGAAUGCUAUUUCUCGUCUCAUGCAUAGAUACCAAGUUAAAUGGAAAUCCAGUGCAUAGCAGACAAUCUAUCGGAAUGAUAAGAUGUCGGUUGUCUAGCAAAAAUAAAAACAAUAACAAUGACGCUUGAGAAAUAUUCCG